GGAGCGACCUCAAGGCGUGAAGUGACAGCCGCCGCGCGAUCAAGGGCCGCGACUAUGGGUCUGUUCUCCGAGCUGAAGAUGGCUGUGCCCUGGGGCCACAUCGCCGCCAAAGCCUGGGGCUCCCAGAAGGGCUCCCCGGUUCUCUGCCUGCACGGCUGGCUGGACAAUGCCAACUCCUUCGACAGACUCAUCCCUCUCCUCCCAAGAGACUUUUACUACGUGGCCAUGGACUUCGGGGGCCACGGGCUCUCAUCCCAUUACAGCCCAGGGCUUCCCUAUCACUAUCAAAACUUCGUGGGUGAGAUCCGCAGAGUCUCGGCAGCCUUGAAAUGGGAUCGCUUUUCCAUCAUGGGCCACAGUUUUGGUGGCACUGUGGGCGGAAUGUUUGCCUGUAUGUUCCCCGAGAUGGUGGAUAAACUUAUCUUGCUGGACUCAUCCCCUUUUGCACUGGACUCUAAUGAACUGGAGAACCUGCUGACCUACAAGCGGAAGGGGCUGGAACACACGCUGCUGCUGGAGCAGGCCGCCAAGGGGCCCUCACGCGUGCUCAGCCCGGAGGAGAUGCUGCAGAGGUUCCUGAAAAACAGACAUGUGGGCGAGGAGUGCGGGAAGCUGCUGCUGCAGCGGGGAGCCACCCAGGUGCCCACAGGCCUGGUGCUGAGGAGAGACCGGAGGAUCGCCGUGCCAGAGCACACCUUCGAUUUCAUCAGCAAGGAGCUGUGUGUGCAGGCCAUCAAGAAGCUGCAGGCCCACGUCCUGCUCGUCAAAGCAACUGAAGGAUUUUUUCACGUGAGGAGAGAGUAUGAAGCUGACAACGGGCCCCUGCUUUUCAUGACUGACACGCUGAAAUCCGCCCUAGGAGAGCGGUUCCAGUAUGUGGAGGUUCCAGGCAACCACUACGUCCACAUGAACCAACCCGACCACGUGGCCGGUGUCGUCGGCUCCUUCUUACAGAGCGGGACCAGGAUCCCAGCCCGGCUGUAGCC